CCAUUUUAAAGGAUGAUUCUUUUGUUCAAAUUCUAGAUGGCAUCGAGCAAGUAUUCUGAACACUGUUUCAUUAUUUGUCUUCUUGGUUUAACCAGUGUGACCUAUGUAACACUCGGCGACUCAGGUAUUGCAGGAAAGCACGGGGUUUCGAUGGCGCAAACGUCAGAUCAAGCGCCUUGAGGUCGUGGAUCAAUCAACGCUCUUAUUUAGUUUUUCUUUCAUUUACUUUACGCAUGUUUUAUCACAUAAUAUAAAGUAUACUGUGUAUAAUUUUGCUGUGGUAUAUCAUAUUAUAAUGUAAUCUUUUACUGUUCUAGUUAUUCUCUCCUACUCAAUGCCAGUUGGACAAACGAUCAGGAAUGGCAGAGUGCACUACAAAGACACAUCUUAUAAUGGAGUAAUUAUCAAUGGCUUUCACAAAAAUGGCACUGGAAUACUUAUAGAUGGCAAGUUUGGUCCUGCUAACGCAAAAUUAUUAAAAGGCGAUGGAUGGGUGGGAUGGUCUUCCUUUCUUACUCAAUCACAAUAUAUCGACAUCACAUUUGAGUUUUCUAGUGUGCGAAAGUUCACAAAUGUUAUACUAACUGCGAACGUUGACAAGAAACGUGAUAAUGCUGUAUUUAAUAGAUCACAGAUAUUCUUCUCUUCAACCCAAGACAGUCUCUCAAACGCAUCAUUUCUUCAGUACUGUCCAAGAGAUUUUCAAGCCAAAAAUGAUCCAUACAAUGCAAAUGUAACGUUGUCACUUUGUGAAAAUACUGCAAGAUUUAUAAAGUUGCGGUUAUAUUUUAGUGGACGGUGGUUACUAAUCUCUGAGAUCAGCUUUAAUUCAGGUAUUUUUUGUUAUGUUUGUUUUUAAUUUCUAUGGACAUUUUUAACCCAGCGAGUGGCGAUAAGGGUCCCAACUGUCAGAUAGUUUUACUUGUCAGAGAGAUUGCUUUGCACUAAGCAUGGUUUCCUGUUCCUGUGAACAUAUCAAGGUAACCAGUGUAAUUAGUGUUGAUUUUUCAUUUUUUCUCUAUAGUCAGUAAAUACUGAUUUAUACAAGCAGCACACAAAAGACAAGAUAGAUCCAGGCUAUAUUUCACAUGUAAUGUAAUAGAGUGUCGAUAUAUCUCUACAGUCAGUGAAGACAAAUGAUUUUAUUCAUGAAGAAAUCUUUAGUUUUGUAAUUUGAAUGUACUCUGUACGUAAAACAUAUGUUUUUGGUUUCAUUGACAUUGCUAGUUCCUGUCAGUACUGAUGAAACAAUGAGGGAUUGCUCUAGAAAUACAGCAGCUGGUUGUACAGCGACUCAACUUUCCACAGAAAGUUCAGCAACUACACCAAUACCUGGAUGUGAAUGUAAGCGCGGUUAUAUGUGUUGGUAAUGGUUGCGUUGGUGGUAAUUAAUAUUAUUAUGGUGAUCGUAAUGGUAAUGGUGGCCAUUUUACAUUCUUUAGAUUGUACCACUCUAACUAUCGUUACCAAUGUAACGGCCAGUUUACCAGCAGAAAGUUCGUCUGGCUCAAGCAACCUUCAACUAACAAUCAUCAUUGUCUGUAUAAUCCUGAUUGUGAUUGUUCUGUUGGUUGUAAUAUUCCUCCUGUAUCGCAGACGAGCACUGUGCUUUGGUAAAAUGAAACAGAGAAAUAAGACAGACAAGAACGUAGAGGAUGCAAAGGAGCCGGCUUAUGAUACAAUUAACGAUAACCUGUGUAAGUAAGAAACAACCCUUACUGGACUUUAGAACAGACGAAACUAUGCAGUGUAUAAAUAACGUUAGUUUAACCUCUCAAAGUAAAUCUGUUCGCCUAUAGGUGAUAUGGAAAAUGAAAGGGCACCAGAGGCAUCACAAAAUAAUCAGGUAUAAGUGUUUCUAAGUUUUCUGCAGGCGUUUUUUUCAUAAUUAGAUAGGUUUAGAACUACCUCUCACAGCCCUAAUACGCAUUUGAUUGCUUAAUUGGCUAUAAUAAAUGCAUCUGAUUGGUUAAUGAUAUACAGUAGAGGUAGUCAAUGUCGUCAAUGUCAAUUGACGUCUGAACCUCUUUCUUGCAGUAUAUCAUUCCAUUUCUUGUCGAACUUUCGGCGUUCAUCUCGCUCUUGCACCAUGAACGUUCACAUCUUACCAUAUGAUUCCUGUGUCUCCAGGUCUUUCCACGCUUCUCUUCCACACACUUAUUUGCGAUCUUCGGACGUUUGCCAUCCUCCAUCCUCAUGGUAAGACCAAGCUAAAUCAGCAUCCUUUUUUUUGUUAAUACAGGAACCUGUUUAUAGUGCAGCAGAUGAUGGAACUGAACCAUACGAAGAAGUUGAAAUCUCGCCACCUUCUGUUUACGCCGAGCUUGACAGAAACCGACAAGACGAAGCAACAAAUGAUGGUGCUCUACCAGAAAUUGAUAAAAGGCCAACAUGACUCGGGUUAUGUUAUUCCAGCAGAUGGCUCGCCAUCUUCUGUUUACGCUGAGCUUGACAGGAAGCGACAAGACGAAACAACAAAUGAUGGUGCCUGCCAGAAAUUGUUAAAACGAGAAGGUGACUCGGGUUAUGUUAUUCCAGCAGAUGGCUCGCCAUCUUCUGUUUACGCUGAGCUUGACAGGAAACGACAAGACGAAACAACAGAUGAUGGUACCUACCAGAAAUUGUUAAAACGCGACUCAGAUUAUGUAAUACCUGCUCAUACUGAAGCAGAAUCAUCAUACGAAGAGGUUGGAAAGAUAAAAACACCCCCUGGCUACAAAGAGCUCGACAACACGAAACGAGUACAGGAUGAUAGCGCUUGUUACCAAAAAUUGAUAAAGAGAUAACAGAGUGUGGAAACCAGGUUUAAUUCUUCCGCUGAUCUAAAACUAUGACUGGACAGUCACAUGUGCUUUACAAAUCGAAUCUUCAGGUGUCGAAAUUAGUUUCACUAUCAAGCAAAUGUCUUUCCUAUUUAACUUAGGCUCUCUAAGGACGUUUACCGUAGAAAAGCGAAAAUAUACGUAGUUUAUUAUAGUAUAAAUAUUCAUAUCUCAAUUGUAUUUAUUUUGUAGACAAAGUAAAUAAAAUAAUUCUGGCUUUGACUACAUGAGACUAGAUGCACAUUUGGAGUAAUACACGCUUCGUUGUCUGGGCUUCAAAGGUUCUUCUUCAGAUACUCCGCGGUUUUCCUCUUGCUAGACUUUCCUCGGAAAUUAGGAGUGCGGUGCGAUUUAAUUUGUUGAUCCAAUUCCGGGACAUUGGAAACUGGCUCUAUAUAAACAAGAGAGCUGUCCGUUUUCGAAAGAGCCGUUUCCACUGUAUAUCACCCAUU